GGAUCCAGAUCCACAUCACAACAAGAUCAUGAUGAACGCAAAUAACAAUGGAUCCUCAUCAUAUAAUACUAAUACCAGUACUAGUGGGCCAUGUGGGGCGUGCAAGUUCCUCCGGCGGAAGUGCGUGAAAGGAUGCAUCUUCGCGCCAUACUUCGACGCCGAUCAGGGCACCGCACACUUCGCGGCGGUCCACAAAGUGUUCGGCGCCAGCAACGCCUCGAAGCUCCUCCUCCGCAUCCCACCGCACAAGCGCCUCGACGCUGUCGUCUCGCUCUCCUACGAGGCUCUCGCCCGCAUCCGAGACCCCGUUUAUGGCUGCGUUGCUCACAUUUUCGCUCUUCAACAACAGGUGGUAAACUUGCAGGCAGAAUUGGCAUACGUUCAGGCCCGGCUUUCCACCUUGCAGCGCCCGCCGGAGGCACUGAUUCAGCCCCAAAGCACUUCGCCCACAAGCAUGCAUUCCUUGACGGAUGUUGUGGCUUCUACUAAUUCAGAUAUUGCCUUAACUUCUAACAUUUUAAUGCAUUUAGAUCCUCUUCAACCACAAGCAUCUUCUGAACUUGCAAGCUUUAGUCCAUUCGAUCUCGAGCUUCACGAUGGAGAACUCCAAGUUUUGGGUCGUCAGUUCGUGUCUCGGUAUUUGCCAGCUGCACUGAGGUUUCGAUCCUCCAGUUCUUACUAGUCAUAUUUCCCCAACU